AUGGGUGUUGCCGAUUUGAUUAAGAAGUUUGAAACGUUUAGUUCCGACAAGCCUAGCUCAGAACAAUCUGAUGCUGGAAAAAGUGUGGAUGCGCAGCGACCAUUUAAGAACGAAACUAAACCCAAAACAGAUGAGACUGGAAGCAUAGUUGCUUCUAAUAAUGACGAAAAGAACGCUCCAAUUGUGGAAAGUGAGAGCACAGACAAACAUCAAGAUGAACCGACGAAGGAAUCAUUGACUAAAGAAGAACCGUCCACUGGGAGCGAUGAGGAAGAUAAGACUGAACACUUGAAUGAGCAGGAAAAAUCAGAACAGAAUGCUCAAGCUUCUCAGGAAAAAUCAGUAGACGACAAUGCCGUUUCGGGCCAGAACGAAGAAUCAUCUGAGGUUUCUGAAGACCUCCCCAGUGAAAAAUUAUCUGAGGACAAAGAAGAGAAGUUUGAACCAGUAUUGAAAGACGAGAAACAAGAUUCAAUUGCUGAGCAUGAAUCCAAAGACCCAUCUGAGGUUCCAGUCACUCCAAGUGAAUUAGAGGAACAAACAGGAGAACAGGAGGAAGAAGGGAAACAGAAAGAUCAAGAAGAGCAAGAAGAGCAAGAAGAGCAAGAAGAGCCUGAGACGGCCCACGACGAGGAGUCUUCAGAGCCAGCUCAAGAGGAGGCCAAAGGGGAGAGUGCAUCUAGUAAGAAAAACAAGAAAAAGAAGAACAGAAAAAAGAACAAGAAAGCUGCUGCUGCCGCUGCAGAGGGUAAUUCUGCAUCUUCCAACCCUGAACUUGUAGCCCAGGAAGCUUCUGACUCGCUUAGGCCUAUCUAAAUCCCCAACAGAUAAGGAAAUUGAGAUUCUGAACGCAGAAGUUCAAGAAGAGACUAUUGAGUCUGCAAAACACGAGGCUGAAUCCUCAAAGGAAUGCACUCCAGACACACGCAUUGGACGUGACGACCCUUUCCAGUUCGGGCAACGGCAGCUCACUGAGGAGUCAGAUGUCUGGAACCACAACGCUUGGGACAAUGUUGACUGGGGCGAAGAACAAGUUCUUGAAGCGGAGGAGAAGAUUGCCGAGCAACACAAGUCCCCGGUCUCUGAUUUUGAUAAAAAUCUCUACAAUUCAAACCCGGCCAGAUAUUGGGACAUCUUCUACAAGAACAACAAGGAGAAUUUUUUCAAAGACAGAAAAUGGUUACAGAUCGAGUUCCCAUCAUUAUAUGAUGCCACAAAGGCGGACGCUGGUCCCAAGACCAUCUUUGAAAUUGGCUGCGGUGCGGGCAAUACAAUGUUUCCUAUACUCAGCGAAAACGAAAAUGAGCAUUUACGAAUUAUAGGAGCGGACUUCGCGCCCAAAGCCGUGGACCUUGUUAAGACCAGCAAGCAUUUUGAUUCGAGAUAUGCCCAUGCAGCUGUAUGGGAUCUUGCAAACCCAGAGCAUGAGCUGCCUGAUGGCGUCGAGCCUCAUUCUGUAGACAUUGCAGUCAUGGUCUUUGUUUUCAGUGCACUCGCUCCAGAGCAAUGGGCCGAUGCAAUGGAGAACCUGCAUAAGAUAUUAAAGCCUGGUGGUCAAAUACUUUUCAGAGACUAUGGGAGAUACGAUUUGGCCCAAGUCAGAUUUAAGAAAAACAGGCUAUUAGACGAAAACUUCUAUAUUAGAGGUGAUGGUACCCGUGUCUACUUCUUCACGGAGGAUGAGCUCAGAGACAUCUUCACGCAGAAAUUUGUCGAGAAGCAGAUUGGCACAGAUCGGAGAUUGCUUGUUAACAGGAAAAGACAGAUCAAGAUGUACCGAGUCUGGCUGCAAGCGAUGUUCGAAGUACCAUCGUGA